GGGUUGUAUGUCACUUGCAAGAAGUAUAAUACUCAAGUACCUUUCCUCGAUAAGACUAUAGUCUACUGCUUCAUAGGCACGCCUACCCUAAUAGCAAGCUAGCUUUAAACCGCACGUACUGUAUCCCUUCCCAAAGAUAAUACACCCAGCUGAAUGUGUGGCCUGGAGGUUUGUUGGUGGGAACUGGAUAGGGGUCAAUGAUGGUUUCUGCUUGAUAAGUGCCCCUUUGGGCUUGGCGGUGGAUUACAAAAGAAUAUCAAUGACUCGACUUUUCAACUCGCCUGAAUUGAUCGCCAAUUUCCAUCUCCAGCUAUGUCUGCUAGUUCUUGGGACUUUCUUGUAACGUCGUUGGAAUCAGGCUUAGAGUCUAAAUUUUUUCUCACUUAUUAUGUUUUGGCGGCUUGUUUUUGCUAUGAGGCUCCCAGCCCCGCGCCAAGCCGUAGAUAGCCCCACCUCCGGUAGCCUUCAAUUAAACAUACACUUUUGACUCACAAAACAGAACGAAGAGAGUAUAUCAGGUCUGCAGUGAGCGUCUUUCGAUUCCUCAACUUCUCAAACAAACAUUUGCAAAAUGUCUUCCUCCGAGCCUUUGACCGAGCAGACCGCUGCCCUCUCUGUUGCUGAAGGCGAUGCAGGUGAAAGCGUUCCAAUUGGGUAAUCUCCCUUGCUCGUCCCCAGCAAACAUUCCACGAUCGGUCGUUGACUCUUGAGUUAGUCCCGACGGGAAGCCACUCUCCAAAUCGGCCAUCAAGAAGCUCCAGAAGGAGAGAGAGAAAGCAGAGAAAGCAGCUAAACGUGCAGCCAUGGAAGCACAGCAGAAGGCAGCCCGCGAAGCCGCUAACGUCGACCACGCAACUGAGAACUACGGAAUAAAGAAGAUGAUCCAAUCGACUGAGCGUUCAGGAACAAAGCGUAUCCAGCUCGCCAAAUUGACUGCGGCAGACGACGGGACGGAAGUUGUGUUUCGUGCUAGACUCCAGAAUGCUAGAGCACAGGGGGCAAAGAUGUGUUUUGUUGUUCUCCGUCAGCAGAGUGACUCUAUUCAGGGGGUUCUUACUGUCAAUGCUGAAGGCAGUGUAUCGAAGCAAAUGGUCAAGUGGGCAUCUGGUGUCAAUUUUGAGAGUGUUGUUCUAGUUCAUGGAAAAAUCACGCGGACUCCCGAGCCGGUUACCUCUGCUAGUCUCUCUGAUGUAGAGGUGCAGGUUACAAAGUUUUUUGUCAUUGCAGAGGCAGAGCCAAUGCUACCCAUUCAAUUCGAUGAUGCCAGCAGAAGCCUUAAGGAGGUUGAAGCGGGUGCCGCCACCGUUUCCCUUACUACUAGGUUGGACAACAGAGUCAUCGAUCUGAGAAUUCUAAGCAACCAAGCUAUCUUCAAGAUUUCAUCAGGCGUCUGUAUGCUCUUCAAGGAGUACCUACUCAAGCACAAUUUUGUCGAGGUUCACACACCCAAGUUAAUUGCAGCUGCUAGUGAAGGCGGCUCCAACGUGUUCAAAGUCCAGUACUUCAACAGGGACGCCUAUCUUGCACAGAGCCCGCAGCUGUACAAGCAGAUGCUUAUCGCCGGCGACUUUGAGCGUGUGUUUGAGAUUGCUCCAGUCUUCCGAGCUGAAAAUUCCCAGACCCAUAGGCACAUGACAGAGGUUUGAGCCACGUAUUUCCCUCAAGCAAGUGCUGAUUUUUUAUGUGUGAGCUGACAAUUCUUCGGCUUUUUAGUUCACCGGCUUGGAUUUAGAAAUGGCGUUUGAGGAGCAUUACCAUGAGGUGAUCGAAAUUCUUGAAGGGCUAUUCGUCUACAUCUUUGAAGGCUUGCAGGAGCGCUUUUCGAAGGAGAUAGCUAUCGUCCGGGCCCAAUACCCGGUAGAGGAGUUCAAGGUUCCAAAGGACGGGAAAGUUCUGCGCCUAGCCUUUAAGCAAGGGAUAGCAAUGCUCCGUGAGGCGGGGCAUGAAGUUCCAGACCUAGAAGAUCUUAGUACGGAAAUGGAACGCACUCUCGGUAGAUUGGUUGCAGAGAAGUACGGCGAAGACUUUUACAUCCUGGACAAAUUCCCUCUAGCUGUUCGUCCACUCCCACCCCCCACCACCUCAUCUGGUUCUCUUUUCCCUUGCUGACAUGAUAUCUAUUCCUUCUUUCUUUCUUUUCCUUGCAAAACAAACAGGUUAGACCAUUCUACACCAUGCCUGAUCCGGCGGACUCCCAAUACUCCAACUCCUAUGACUUUUUCAUGCGAGGCGAAGAAAUCCUCUCCGGCGCGCAGAGGGUACACAACAGCCAGUUUCUUGCUGAGCGCAUGUCUUCCCUCGGCAUCGAUCCCAAGACUCCUGGUCUGGAGGACUACGUCGACGCUUUCAGGUACGGAGCCCCACCUCAUGCGGGUGGCGGUAUUGGGCUCGAGAGGGUUGUUUUCUUGUGGUUGGGCCUCGGGAAUAUCAGGCGUGCGAGUGCAUUCCCUAGAGACCCGGUGCGUUUGAGACCUUAAAAUGGGAUAUCGUCGCUACCAAUGUUUUCUUUUUGUUCGUUCAAAAACACCACUCAACUUUCAGUUUGGGAAUGAUGAAAAAAUAUUAGUGCAAGUCAGGUUUCGAAAAAGACAACAAGAAGAAAAAAGCCACUAGGUUGUGUUGGUCUCUCGUACAAAUUUUGCAUUCGUCUUUAUAAUAAUGUGAAAUCUGAAUUGAGACCUUUAAGCACAUAGUCGGACCCCACCCACCAAUUAUCCUGUCCUGUGCAAGUGCUGCACCGCACUUGAUCAGCCAAUGUGCGGGUCGGGACGUUUCUGUGCGGCACCCCCACAGCAGAGGACUCGUAAAGUAAUUGAAUGCCGUAACUUGAUUCCAAAAACAUUAUGCGACUGCCGAGAGGAACCCACACGUAGAAUUAGCGGGCUAGCUAAAUUAGCUAUAAGUGCGAUGCCACGAAAAAAGAAAAAGAAAAAAAAGAGUUCUUGCGAUUCCCUAUCACCGUCGGGUCGUAAUCUCUGGAUCGAGAGGUAGAAGUUCCGGGGAUGAUAGGAUUACAGUAUCGUAAUGCCCCACGGACAAGAUGUAGUCUGCUUGAUUCAUUCAGCCGCUCAGCAUCCCAGUUACUGGCGAUAUUCACAAUUUCAUUAACAAACAAGUAAAACUAAGCCUUAUCAAGGGUUAACACUGAGAUUUACGAAGAUAUUCUGAGGGUAGAUCGAAAGCGGGGGGGUCUUUUUUUUUGCGGUACCGGUAGAGCAGGUACUGUAUGUUACUGCAGUAGUAGUAGUGGAAGUGGAAGUGGAAGUGGAAAUACGGGUCCGCACCAAGACUUGACAGAAAAUGCCCAUACCCAAACCGCCGGUGUCCUAGCACUUCACGAAACAGAGUAUGUAAAUCGCGCCGGUGACUGGAACUUUGUUUUCUCUCUUCUCUUCGCCCAACCUAUGGUAUAUCCCGAACAAUCCGGGUAUCCAGCGGCAACCCAAGUGGAAGUUGACGACGAGCGAGGGAGUACGAGUAGUAAUGUAAGGAAAGAAAAAGAAAAAAAGGGCAGGCAGCUCCUGCGGUUUUAUAGACUGGGUUGGGGGAUGAGUCCGUGAGCCGAAGGCUAAAAGGACACAUAGUGAAAAUCCCUCGCCUUCCCUAACUCUACGGUGCUCACUCGCCGCUGUGAGAACAGCGUGAAUUGAGGGGGCGAGGCACCGGGCCACAGCAAGAUGUCAUGGACAUGAUGUUGGAAUAGAAACGCCAGACCAAAGUCACCUAUCAUCAUAUAACCGCCAGUUGGCCCUGGUCCCCUUACUUUUCCACUCCUCCUUCCUUCCUUCCUUUCCUUGUAUCUUGCUUGUGCGUCCCACCCGGGUUGCAGUUCCGUUUCGUCAUCACCUUCCCUGCCCUCUUUCCUCCUCACCCAUUCCGUGCUGGCCAGCAGACAGCGGCAAUGCUGCCCAAAAAUCGGUGUGGUGAUUUACGACAGAUCGGGGGGAGGAUAAGAGGGGGAAGGAAAGGAAUGUGACCACAAGCCUAGAUACAGGUACUGUACUGGGUUGGGAUGUUCAGUAGACCGGCGAUGUCUGGGUUUCGGUUUGCGCUGGGUACUUAAACCAUUUAGCAUUGCUGGGCUUGGUACUCGGGUGUUGAUGGUGGUUCGUCGGCUGUGCUUUCCGUGAGAGAGAUGAGUAGAGGUGGAAAGGCGGCGGUUGGAGAGAGGGCUGUGGUGGAGAUGGGAAGCGAGUGCGGAUAAUAGUUGUCUUGUGUAAUUUUGGAUGGCGGGGUGGGGGGGAGAAGAAGUAGGAGGCAAUUAUUUCGCACUAGUAUAAGAGGUGGUGGGGUGGUGGGGUACUAAUAAAGAGAAAC